AUGCGCGUCCAGGCUCUUGUGCCUUUUGGUCCUUGGAGUUGGUGCCUGUUCCUAGCGACCCUCCACUGUUGCGGAGCAUCUUCCAAGUUGAACAGAUCCACAGAUUCCUCUGCCCAGCGUGAGCUUAAUGUUCGGUUUGCUGCUGCCAGCUCCCAGCCAGCCGAGACAAUAUCUGUCUUCACAUUGGAUUAUGACUACGUGCAAAUUCCCUACGAGGUCACCCUCUGGAUACUCCUAGCAUCACUUGCAAAAAUAGGCUUCCACCUCCACCGCAGGCUACCCGGCCUCAUGCCGGAGAGUUGCCUGCUCAUCCUCGUGGGGGCGCUGGUAGGCGCGGUCAUCUUCGGAACCGACCACAAGUCCCCGCCGGUGAUGGACUCCAGCAUCUAUUUCUUGUACCUCCUCCCGCCCAUCGUCCUGGAGAGCGGCUACUUCAUGCCCACGCGGCCCUUCUUCGAGAACCUCGGCUCCAUCCUGUGGUGGGCGGGCCUGGGCGCGCUGCUCAACGCCUUCGGCAUCGGCCUCUCACUCUACCUGAUCUGCCAGGUCCCGGCCUUUGGGCUGGGCGACAUCAACCUGCUUCAGAACCUGCUGUUCGGGAGCCUCAUCUCGGCCGUGGACCCGGUGGCCGUCCUGGCUGUGUUCGAGGAGGCGCGUGUGAACGAGCAGCUAUACAUGAUGAUCUUCGGGGAGGCCCUGCUCAAUGACGGCAUCAGCGUGGUCUUGUAUAACAUCUUAAUUGCCUUCACGAAGAUGCACAAAUUUGAAGACAUAGAACCCGUGGAUAUUUUGGCUGGAUGUGCCCGAUUCAUCAUCGUUGGGUGCGGGGGUGUGUUUUUUGGUGUCAUAUUUGGAUUCAUUUCUGCGUUUAUCACCCGUUUCACCCAGAACAUCUCUGCGAUUGAACCCCUCAUCGUCUUCAUGUUCAGCUACUUGUCCUACCUCGUGGCCGAGACGCUCUACCUCUCUGGCAUCCUGGCAAUCACAGCCUGUGCAGUGACAAUGAAAAAGUAUGUGGAAGAAAAUGUGUCCCAGACCUCAUACACGACCAUCAAGUACUUCAUGAAGAUGCUGAGCAGCGUCAGUGAGACCCUGAUCUUCAUCUUCAUGGGCGUGUCCACCAUUGGAAAGAACCACGAGUGGAACUGGGCCUUUAUCUGCUUCACCCUGGUCUUCUGCCAGAUCUGGAGGGCCAUCAGCGUGUUUGCUCUCUUCUAUGUCAGUAACCGGUUUCGGACUUUCCCCUUCUCCAUCAAGGACCAGUGCGUAAUUUUCUACAGUGGUGUCCGAGGAGCUGGCAGUUUUUCCCUUGCGUUUUUGCUUCCUCUGUCUCUUUUUCCUAGGAAGAAACUGUUUGUCACUGCAACUCUAGUCGUUAUAUAUUUUACCGUAUUUAUUCAGGGAAUCACAGUUGGCCCUCUGGUCAGGUAUCUGGAUGUUAGAAAGACCAAUAAAAAAGAAUCCAUCAACGAAGAACUCCAUACUCGUCUGAUGGACCACCUGAAAGCUGGAGUGGAAGAUGUGUGUGGGCAAUGGAGCCACUACCAAGUCAGAGACAAGUUUAAGAAGUUUGAUCAUAAGUAUUUACGGAAAAUCCUCAUCCGAAAGAAUCUGCCAAAAUCGAGCCUUGUUUCUUUGUACAAGAAGCUGGAAAUGAAGCAAGCGAUUGAGAUGGUGGAGUCGGGGGUUCUAAGUUCUACAGCCUUUUCCAUCCCCUAUCAGGCCCAGAGGACACAAGAAACCAGAAGACUUUCCCCUGAAGACGUGGAGUCCAUGAGGGACAUUCUGACACGCAACAUGUACCAAGUUCGACAAAGGACCUUGUCCUACAACAAAUACAACCUCCAGCCCCAGACGAGUGAGAAGCAGGCGAAGGAGAUUCUGAUCCGCCGUCGGAACACCUUCAGGGAGAGCGUGAAGAAAGGGCACAGCCUGCCCUGGGGAAAGCCGGACUAUGCCACCCUCUUAGCUCCUGCAUCUCGGAUCUUAAGUCCUGUUCUUUCUUCCUUUCAUCAUACUUUCCCAGAUCAUGAUGGCAGUGACUCAGAACUCCCUCCCAUCACGUUCAACACACACUCUCCAGCGGAGUCGAUUCAGGAAAGACGAUGGACAGCUGAAGUCAUCCCGAUGAAGAGCUUACACAGAGCAGGGACGCCACCGCGCUUUGGUUAUCAAAGAAGCGCGAGCCGAGAAGAGCGCCUGGGCAGGGGCAGAAGGGCGAUUUUGAGGCCCAAACCGCUCUUUCACGCUGUGGAUGAGGAGUUCGAAUCUGAGGAGGAGGCCCCAGCAUUUGGGUCCCUACUGUCAUCGGAGCUCAGACCUGGCGGGGACUGCAACUUGUCCCACAGCCCUUUGCUCCAAAGGAAGUAGUAUCGUGGUAUCACGUCCACGGGAUUGUUUCUGGGUUUUUCCAGAGUCCACCGCCUUCUGAUUAUGCUGAAAGCAGGAUGUUCAGAGGUCUGGAGAGAGUUAUUGAGUUUGGGUCUUUGAAAGCUAUUAGACACCAAGACUCUGUAUUCUAUAAGACAUGAUUGUGUAAGACUCUCUUAGACAUGAUUCUGUAAGACUCUAUCAUGGAGAUUUUUCAGAGGACCAGGAACACACUUGCUGGUUCUGCCAUGUUCUCAGGUGUGCUUCAUAGCGGCAUUCUCUGUGAAGGACAGACAUCCAUCCCCGCAGGAAUUAUUCACUGAGUGUGCCCUUCAUGUCAUUUACUGAGAUACGAGACUGGUCAGUAAUCCCCCUUGUCUCUACUCAUGUCUGUGUGUGCGUACUUUCUCAAUCAUGUCUGACUCUUUGCGACCCUUUGGGCUGUAGCCUGCCAGGCUCCCCUGUCCAUGGACUCCUCCUGGCAAGAAUACUGGAGUGGGUUGUCAUUUCCUUCUCCAGGGAAUCUUCCUGACCCAGGGAUUGAACUCACAUCUCCUGCACUGGCAGAGGGGUCCUUAACCACUGAGCCACCAGGGAAGCCCCUUGUACAGCGUCGACGGCCUAUAAGACAUCUCAGAGCUGGAAGGACAUUAGAGAAGGUGGUGUCAGAAAUUCUUAUUUUCCAGGGGACAAAAGUGAGGCCUUGAGAAGCUGGCUGGUGCCUCUUCAGGGUCUACAUCCCUCGGAGGACGUGGGUUCUCUCUAGGACAAACAUGCAGACACCAGGGGCGGAAAAGGGCUAUCUUACUGUCCUGGAUUUCUGUUCUGUAGAUGGUGUCGGCUCAGGGUUCUGCAGCCGUGGUGGAGGUGACAUCAGAGCAGCCUCCGUCUCUCUUCUUCCCAACCUGAGAUGUAAGACUGCUUCUAAUAUGUUUGCGCUGUGUAGCUCAGUCAGGUCUGAUUCUUUUGUGACCCCAGAGACUGUAGCCUGCCAGGCUCCUCUGUCCAUGGAAUUUUCUAGGCAAGAAUACUGGAGUGGGUUUCCAUUUUCUCCUCCAGGGGAUCUUCCUGACCCAGGGAUCAAACUCAUGUCUCUUGUGUCUCCUGCAUUGACAGGCAGAUUCUUUACCACUGCGCCGCCUGGGAAGCCUAGUAUGCUUGACCACUUUCUAAAUUAGGAAAAGUCAUUUUUUUAAUAUAAAUAAAAUCAGCAGAUAUGUUGAUGUUGUCUAAAGAUUUUGCAAGUAUAUUUUAUCCACAAAUAAUGCAGGUGGUUUCUUGGAGUUUUUAAUUGUUUUUUCCAAACUCAACUCUGUCAAGUACCUUAUUUCUAACUCCUCCUGAGAAAACCCAGCCGCACAGACAGAAAGCUCUUUCUUAGAACAUCAGUCGGUGUUAAUUGUUAAUUGGGCCAUAAGCCACUGGGAAUAAAAGAGACACUCGCCUCAGUGCGGGCCACUCCUCUAAUUAGCAAGUGAUAUGUUGUUUCAUCUGCCCACAGUAUUUGAUUUAAUAAAUUCUUUUCCUUUCUGAGACUCUAACCAGCUUUCAAGCCAAGGAUGCUCAGGAAGUAUGACAGGUAAGAAGCCACAAUUCCUACCCUAUUCCCAGACAUUUUACUCAGCAAAGAGACUGGAACUGUUGUAAAAUGAAUGAAGGGGGUCACUACUCUGUUUUCAGGCAGAGCAAUGUAGAUUGGGAUCAAUAUGCAUGGGUGUGCUCGUUGUGUCCGACUACGUG